AUGUUGUUGCUUUCCAUGUUUAUAGGUCGGACCCGACUUAUAAAACCGACCAAAAUUGCCAGUGUGUCGAUCGUGCCGAUUCCGGUUCAAGCUGUUAUAGCCGUCUGCAAUGCCAAAGGGAACACUUGGAAAGAAAAGCUUCGAGAAUCUCUGAAAAGUAAAAUCACCUACUGCCCAACUUGCGGCAGCGAUCUUUUGUGCAAAACCGGUCGGAUGCGGAUUCACAAUGCGAAUGCCGACGAAGAAACUGAUUCAGCAUUGAGGAGUAACCCUUCGAGGAAAUUGAGACUCAAAAUGAAAAAGCUGAGGACCAGCAAAUCGGCUCGGAAUGCUGCCGCACAUUCCUGUGUACCUGACAAGAAUGUCGGUGCUCAAAUUCUUGGUCCUGCUUCUCCGAAAGCCACAACAGAGGACGUCAAGAUUCAGAAUAAUCUAGAAAUGAACGAAUUGAAUUCCGGGGCCAGUCAGAACUCGUGAUAACUGCUAGUGUAGGACAAAUUCAAGUGCACCAUGGCGAGAGAAUUCCUUAUUAAAAAUUGAGCGAUUUUUUUUGUUUGUUUGUGUGCUGAAAACCGGACGAGAGUUUGGUAAAAUGCACCAAUAUAGUUGUAUUUUCGAAGAAACGAACUCGUUAAGUUGUAAUGAUUAGCUCAGAGUUCCUGGCAUGUUUUGCGAGAAAAGAAUAAUCUUUCGUGUUUUGACUCCUUCCAUCAAGGAUUCUGACUUCAAUUUGAAUAAACUCAAAUCCAGCAGCAAUGAAAUCUUUCAAGUCUGUGUUUAAUCGCUUAAAUUUCCUAUGGAAGAUAAACGUUUCUAUUUCUUGAAUUAUUCAUUUUUCGGGGAGUUCGGAUGAAAUCUCAUGAUGGGCAAAUAAAAUGAAUGCUGUCAUUUCAUUGAGUCAAAGAUCAUCGAUCAAUGGCAUGCUCAAGAACAUUGGUGAAUGAGAAGCUUGGGAUGCACAUACAUUAAAUGAAUUCUCGUUCGAAGGAA